AUGGUUCACACUUCACUUGCUAAGCCACUAUGCCAUUCAGAUGAGAGCUAUGCCUUGAUGGAAUUCAAGGAAGUUUUCAAACCAAUAAAGCAGAUUACCGCUGUGUUUAUCCGAAGGUUGAAUCAUGGUCACUUGACGGACAUGGAGAUUGCUGCUCGUGGGAAGAUCAAUUUGCCACUACCCAAGUUGAGCUAUCUUGACAUUAGUUCUAACUUGCUUGAAACAACACUUCCCACUCCACCUCCAUUUGUCAAUUAUUACAAUAUCUCCAAUAACUUCCUCUUUGGAGAAAUUCAAUCUAUUUGUAAAGGAAGAUCCCUCGUCAUUCUUGAUUUGUCCAUCAAUAGUCUCAAUGGCACAAUUCCUUCAUGUUUGGGAAACAUUGAGUCUUUGUCAAUUUUGAAUCUUGGGAAAAAUAAACUUGAGGGUAUGAUUCCUCAAGCUUAUCCAAAAGAUUGUACGUUGAAGCUUAUUGAUCUCACAGAGAAUCGAUUGCAAGGGCCUGUACCAAGAUCUUUGGCGAAUUGUGUGAUGCUAGAAUAUUUGAACCUUGGUUACAAUCAUAUUCUUGAUGAGUUCCCUCUAGGGCUAUUAGAAUUGACAGAGCUGAAAGCUAUUAUAUUGAAGUCCAAUAAGUUCCAUGGUCCAAUAGAAGCAUAUCGAAGCCGGUUCAACUUCAGCAAUUUGCAUAUCAUGGACCUUUCCAACAAUAACUUCAAUGGUGAACUUCCUUCCAAGUUGAUGCAGAGUUUCCAUGCCAUGAAAGUAAUUGUUGUUCAAGAUCAUUUGGAUUAUAUAGGUAUUUGGCAAACUUAUGGUACCUCCCAAAGAUCAAUAUUUGCAAAGUAUGAAAUGAGAUUGAUGAAUAAAGGCACAGAGAGGGAAUACUCGAAGGUUCCAAAUGCCCUUAUGGGAAUUGAUCUCUCCAAUAAUAAAUUUGAAGGACACAUACCUGAUAUCAUUGGAGAUUUGAAGUCUCUUAUUUUGCUUAACCUUUCAAACAACAUUCUUACUGGUUGCAUUCCACCUUCCUUGGCAAACUUGACAAUGCUCGAAUCUUUAGAUCUUUCUCAAAACAAGCUGUCAGGAGAGAUCCCUCAACAUCUAGCCCAUCUUACAUUCCUUUCAUCUUUCAAUGUCUCUUAUAAUCAACUGUCAGGACGAAUUCCACAAGGGAGUCAGUUCAACACAUUUGGGAUAGAUUCAUAUGCCAUGAAUGAGGGGUUAUGUGGAAGUCCUUUGCCAAAAAACUGCAUAACGACCAAGGAUAUGUCACCAUUAUCACCGCCUCUCGAUGAAGAAAAUGGCGAACAUUCUCUAUUCGACUUGGAUUGGAAAGUUGUGCUGAUUGGCAUUGGAGUCGGGUUAAUGAUUGGUGUUGUGCUAGGGAACUUGAUCAUUGACGAGAAGAGUAGGUGGUUCUUGCACCAUGCCAAGAGAAUGGAAAAGAGAUGGAAACGAUCGGGGAGAUGCUGA